GGACUGCUAGAUAUGUAUUCUCAGCUGUCUGGUUGUGUUGCUCUAAUAGUUGAACUUCCCUUUUGUGAUCUAUCUUUGAAUUCUCAACUGUAUGCUCACUGUACCCUUGACACUAUCAAUUUGAUUUCAGAGAAAAUCAAGCCUUCUGAUGUAGGUCUUGAGCAGGAGGCACAAUUAGUGCGCGGAUGGACUGGUCCUAUGCCUGUGCGUAAUGGGGGACACCGGACGCUGCCACCAAUCAAAUACCUGCACUUACAUGAAUGUGAUAGCUUCUCUGUAAGCGUUGCCUUUGAGAUGGGAAUUUUCUGCAUGCCUGCUUCCUCUAUCAUUCCUCUUCACAACCAUCCUGGAAUGACUGUGUUAAGUAAGCUGCUAUAUGGUACAUUACACGUGAGAUCCAAUGAUUGGCUUGACAUACCUGGGCCUUCCGAUCCGUCUCAAGGUCUGUCCUGUGUAGCCAGAUCUUAUGUUUAA